AUGACUGAGAUACACAAUGAAGAUUCUAUUCUCUUUAAAAUCAGAUUCAGAUACAGUGAACACGAUGAACAACAAAGAAGAAGAGUGUUAAACAUUUUCGCCAACUACCAGCACUCUAAACUAGCUACAAUAGCCAAUCAUGGAAUCGAGUGUUACCCAAUUGAUCCACCAUUAUACAGAGAAGAUACUAGUGUUGCAAACAACACCGUUUUUAUGUUCAUUUCCUCUCUGAUGGUUGCCCUUUUAGUAAUUGAUUUCCAAGGAUUUAUAGGUGUUCUAGCCACUACUAGAGAAGAACGAAUUAAAGUAUAA